AUAAAACUGUUUUCUAUUAAAAAAAUUCCAGGGGGGCAACUGCCAUCCCUGACCCCUACGGCAUUGGAAAGGCUUGCAUCAGGCCAGUCUGUUCUGAUUUCACUGUAUAAGCGAAAGGAAAUCUGAUAUGCAAAUUAGCCUGUGACAGUGGCGAAAUUCUUUGAAGUCAUCACCGUGCAGGAGUGUGAGAACUGUCAUUGCCACACUUUGCAAAGCUGAGUUCUUAUCAACUGCUUGUCGAAUAAAUACAUCGUUACAUGUGACGUAUAAUUCCCUGUAGUGUGUAUCCAAGUUCUGGUCGCUACGUCUCACCUCUCUAUAGUCGUGGUAGUAAACGAUAGUCUCGUCUGACCUCGAAUGCGCUGGAAAGAAAUCACGUGACCGACAACUGGGGUUUCCCCAUUUCACAAUUAUGCUUCAAAUCUUCUAUAUGCAAAACAUCACGUGUGUAAAAUAUGACAAGUGCUAUUCUAAAUUAUCAAUAAUAAGAAGAGCAGUGAUUUCCAGUUUCGUAACCGAAUGAAAGACGAUAGACGGCACGCAAUAAAUAGAACGGAAAUAGAUGAACUACACGUGAUAUGUAUAAAAAGAGAAAGCGAAUUUGAAUAACAAUCAUUGAUAGAACGGCAACUGGUGAUUAACAUGGCCAAAGACGAAUAUAUAGUCACCGAACAACACAAAACUACUCAAGCUCGUCUGAAAACUAUGAACAAGGACUACAAGUUAGAGAGGCCUCCCGGGCGACGCGGAAACAUGGAUCUUGAUGUGGACUUUGGUAGCCUCAGCCUCAACGAGAGUGGCAUGGACACGUGUGAAUCUGGGGUAGAGGUGGGCAGCGUGGGUCAAGUGGUCAACAUAUGUGUACGACUUGACAGUGUCAAUACAAACACCUGCCCCAGGUUUGUUUCUACAGAUGAAGGAUAUGAAAGCAAGUCAAUAUCUUUCACAGACAGAAUGUCCAUUCAGGAGACUGAGAACAACAGACUUGUGACAUCCAUGAGAUCGGUUGAUGUCUUUCAGGUGUAUCAUCAAGAUAAAGAUGGCGAUACGGCUCUACAUACUGGAAUCAUUCAAGGACAUAUAUCUCUGGUGUUGUUGUUUAUAUCGGCGGCGCCGAACUGUGAGUGGUUGAACAUUACAAAUUUGCUCAAACAGACGCCCCUCCAUCUCGCUGUUAUUACUCGUCAGGUGAAUAUAGUCCGGCGACUGAUGACGGCCGGAGCAAGGGUUGACGUUACAGAUAUCCAUGGCAACACACCACUUCACAUAGCAUGUCGAGAGGGAUACCAGGAGAUCGUGGAAUGUCUUCUGAGACCUGUUUAUUAUGAGGAGACACUUCUGAACCAGUAUGAGAUUCCAUACCAAAGGAUACCCCAGGACUUGGAGAAUAGGAACUUUGAUGGACACACAUGUCAACACCUGGCCGCCAUGUCGACACAUCUCAAAGUUCUUGAACUACUUCUGUCUAAGAAAGCUAGCAUCAAUGUGCGUGACGGCACCAGCGGAAGGACAGUUCUCCAUUACGCUGCUGAAACCGGAAACAGAAUUCUUCUUCACUUCCUGUUGUCACAGCGCCAUCUGGACAUUUGCUGCAGGACAUAUGGGGGUCUGACGCCUCUUCGUCUUGCUGCAGGGAGGGGGUUCGGAGAUGUCGUUUCCAUCCUCCUCGCCAACGGUGCAGACGUCACAGACAUAGAUGGUUCAGAUCAGUCAGACGAAGACGUAUUUGAUGACUUUUGUAUCAAUGGACACGCAGUUGCUUUGUAACAAUCAGGACAGAAUGAAUGGAUGUGUAACGCUGACGUAUCAGAAGACAAACAAGAGAUAUUUUAAUGUUACAAUGAUUAUUAAUAACAUGUAUAUGUCUAUCUGAACUAAUUGUGAUCCAGAACAUGCAGGAUACUGUGGUGUGUUUGUUUUCUUUUGAUAUAGAAUGAUAUUGAUAUUGUGUGCAUACGUGCGUGCGGAUAUUUGUUUGUUGUUCAACUCCGCACUAAGCUAUCAAGAGCGUCACCGAGCCUGACCACCUGAUCCAAUUUUAACACGGAACUAGUAACGCCCUCGUUUCAAACGACAGUUGAAUAUAUUACUAGUAUUUACUAGCGGACAAUAGUUUAUACCAAACAACGAGUCAUUGUCUACUGAUAUCAGUCAAGCCCUGUAUAUGUAGAUGGCCAGUAUUUACAUCACUUAUAUGCUCCUGCUAGCGUUAUAUUUUAGACUGAUAUGUUUUGUUUUAUUAUUGUUGUUGUCCAAACGAGAGUUAACACUACUUGUAUUAUUCUGAAAUAAUUUAUCGUAAACUGAUCACUUGUCAGUAUGCAUGUACAAAUUGUAUUUCAUGUAAUGGAAGUCAGAGUCUAUCUUGGCCUGAUCACCGAUUAUGGCUCUGUUCAACAGUAGCCUACAUAUGCACACGCUUGUUCCUACAACUGUGUCAGACUCACAAAUGUUUCUUUUCGCAGAGAAAGUUUUGUUGGAAUUUAAUAAACGUUAAAAGUUUUGUGAA